AUGCAAUGCUACUAUGAGGUACUACGCACUACGCGCGACGCAUCAUCUGCGGAGAUCAAGAAAGCCUUUCGAUUGCAGGCGCUACGAUGGCAUCCAGACAAGCAUCACAAAAAUGGGGUUUCGAGAGAGGAAUCUACUGAAAAGUUCCAGACCAUUCAGAACGCCUAUGAAGUACUCAGUGAUCCACACGAGAAGAAAUGGUAUGACGAACAUCGAGAGCAGAUUCUACGUGGUGGAGACAAUAAUGAUAACGGAAAAGAGGAUGAGCUAGAUUUGUUUCGGUAUUUCAGCGCGUCGGUUUAUUCGGGCUUUGGCACGGACGAAACGAGCUUUUAUUCCGUGUAUAGCAAAGUCUUUACAAAGAUUGAUGAAUUGGAUAUCGACGCUCGUGAUGGGUCAAAGUCUGAAGUUGCGCCGCAGUUUGGAAUUUUUAACUCGAUGACAGAAGAUGUCAAUUUCUUCUACCAACACUGGAAAAGUUAUACAACGCAGCAAGGUUUUGCAUGGGUGGACGAGUACAAAACAACUGACGCGCCGACAAGAUUAGUACGACGAGCGAUGGAGAAGGAGAACAAGAAGCUACGAGAUGCAGCUAAAAAGGCGUUUACUACUGAAGUUCGUGAGCUAGUGGAUUUCGUAUAUCGUCGGGACCCGCGUGUACGAGCAUUCCAGCAGCAAAAGCAGAAAGAGAAGGAACAGCGACGCAUGGAGGAAGAGGCAAAGAAACGUGAGAAACAAGCGGUGUUUGAUGCUGAGCGACGAACAUUCCAGGAUCAGCAGGAGAAGCUUUGGGCCAACAAUAGUAUAGAGACUAGCCGCGUUGCUGACAGAGACAUUGAACUGGAGCUCGAAAAGCUCCGUAAAAGACUGGAUGCCGACGUACUUGUGUGUGACAUUUGUAGUAAGACUUUUAAGUCGAUGAAGCAGUUGCAGAACCACGUAACGUCGAAAAAGCAUCGUGAGAAAGAGAAAGAGCUCGGUGUUAUCAGUGAUCUUAGCAUUUUGGACGAAAUGGACAGAGAACUACAGGAGGAGCUUGUCGCUCUUGGUAAGGUUAAGCGUGAGGCAAAUGAGGACGAUGAUGCGUCGGUCAAACCAUCCAUAGAUGUUGAGCAGAAUGAUGUCAAGGAUAAUGAUACCGAUCAGCAGGAAGCAAGUGAAAGAGCUGUGCAUUUGAAGGUUGCGGCUGAUUGUGUGCGACUUGAAAAGGAGCAGAAGGCUGCUGAGAAGCGCCAGGAACGCAAAGCGAUGCGUAAGAAUAAGAAGAAGGAGAACGUAGAGAAGAUUAUGAGCAGUGCCCGCUCAAAAAAGGAGAAGGAGGAAGAGGAGGAAAACCAUUGUAGUCGAGGAAAGAAGGGUAACAAGAAGCGAAGAUAG